AUGUCAUCGUUGACUGCAGAGACUGCCGUCUGGAACCAGCACAGCUCAGAGGCAAAGUCUCACAGUGUCGCCGUCCGAGUCUGGGGAUCCUGGACUAUCCUCCAGUCACCUCAGCCACACGGUCACCAACUUGCUGGUCGACAACUUCUCACCCUGCCCAGUGCUGCCGGUUGCGUCGAUAAGCAGCGCCAGCUUCCCGGUCUCGUUAUUCCCGAAUCCACAUCUUCGGUGUCGCGCAGAUGGAACACGACCAAGAGGGGUGAGGGUCGGAAGAUGAAGGCACGUCACCGCAUUAUGCGCUGGCCAUGGCCUGUGCCUGCUGUCCAGUUAGCGGGCCGGUAG